AUGGUCUCACCAGACACGCCCUUCCUUGACUGUCAGCUUGAGUCGGGAGUGGUCAAGUCCCGGAGCAACAGGACAAAGAUCACCAGACCAGCCUUGGAUCUCUGUUCAUGGAUUCUCACCAUUCUGGCUAUUGCACUUGUGGCGGUAAUAACGCUUGGUACAUUCCUCAAAGUUCAACACAAUGCCACCUGGAAGUUAGGUUCUACGCAAAAAAACUUAGAGGAGCUUCUCAGUGAGAGUAGUGCAUCACCAAUUGCUAAAUCGCGCAAUGGUUCGUAUGUUGGAAUUCAUAACGCGAAAUAUUUUCAGGACUACUUCUUGGGAAUUCCAUACGCCCAGCCCCCACUCGGAAGUCUUCGAUUUCUUCCACCAGCUUUCAUCAACACAACUUGGGAAGGCACUAUGAAUGCGACAGAUUUUGGCCCGCAAUGCGUUGGAUAUUAUGAUGGAGACAUGCACACUCCCAGACCAUUUGAUGAAGACUGCUUGACAGUCAACGUCUUUCGCCCACAUUUGCAAGGGCUAAAGAAGAAGUUACCUGUCGUGGUAUGGAUAUACGGGGGAGCUUACGAGCAUGGGGGAUCGAAUGAUCAACGAUUUAAUCUCACCUGGAUUGUUGCACAGUCAAUUGCUAUUGGCAAGCCAAUAAUUGCUGUGACCCUGAAUUAUCGUUCAUCAAUCUUUGGAUUUAUGUCGAGUAGUCAGGUUAUUGGCGCGAGAAACACGAAUGUGGGCUUGAGGGACCAGCGUCUCGCACUGCAUUGGGUCCAGGAAAACAUUGAAGGUUUCGGCGGAGACAAAGACAAAGUCACCCUGUGGGGAGCCAGCUCGGGCGCCGAAAAUGUUGGAAUACACCUUACAGCUUACGGUGGACGAGAUGAUCACCUCUUCCGUGCUGUGAUCAUGACCAGCGGCAGCCCAGCUACGACAAGUCUAGGGUCGCACACACCUUCGGCACAGGAUGCAUAUGACAAGCUCCUCUAUUUAACUGACUGUCGCCAAACCUCAGACCCUUUUGUAUGUUUGCAGAGUUUGCCGUUCGAAGAACUCAAUGCCGUCUUCAACAAUAGUCGGGGUUUCGACGCUUCUUACAUGGGCGCUUUUACACAUCCCGUAGUGGACGGUGACUUUAUUCGAGGAUUCGGCAGCUUGGAAAUAAAAGCGAAUCAUUUCGUGAAGGUGCCAAUCUUGAGCACAAUUACGUCAAAUGAAGGUGGUGGAUAUACACCCAAAGGCCUUGAUUCUCUUGAGGGCGUAAAGGCAUUUUUGAUUGAGGAACGCAAUCUGCCACUGAAUGUGGCAGGACAACUCACCGAGCUAUACUUACCUCUGUCCACUGGCGAGAUUGAACUUUCAACGCCGAGACGCAGCAAUACGCCCUUCGUUCAACCCUCAUGGGCUGGAGAAACUGACAAAGACGAAAUGGGGCGUUUCUUCACUGAAGCUGCCUAUAUCUUAGGCGAUAUGGAGAACGUAGCACCCCAUAGACUGACCUGUGACGCCUUCUCCAAGUUCAGCGCAACAUACUGUGGCCGAUUCGAUGCCAUACCGUAUGGGUGGGACCCACGCCGGGGUGCCACCCACGCUGCCGAUCUAGCUGUGAUGUUUCACAACACGCUAUGCACUGGAUUUGAGCCAUGUCCCUUCCAAAGCAAGUCGCCGGCAUACUUUCGUUUGUCAGAUCUGAUGAGUAGCAUGAUUAUAUCUUUUAUUUCUGAUGUAGACCCCAACGUGGGCAUUCCAAGAUUGUGGAAUGCUUCGAAGUGGGAGAAGCAUAUGUUCGAUGUGCCACUGGACUUCGUCCUUUCCGAGGACCAGCCUUGCGCCAUGGAGACCAAGCCUUUGAGAGUAGAGGGUAUGGAAUAUAUAAAAUCAAUACUCUCUUCGAUUUUGGGGAAGUGA